GGAAGACUCUCUCUUUCCUUCGAUUCGAGUGUUUCUCUUUGUCCCUCGAACAAGAACCACCGCCAGCUGCAGCGGUUACACCCGCCGCGAACGAAUUCCCGUUCUUGCCUGUUGAGGUGCAUCAAUCAUGUUUGGGCGUGGAGCAAGAAGGAGCAGCGAUAACACCAAAUAUUAUGAUGUUCUCGGUGUUUCAAAAAACGCUAAUGAAGAUGAAAUCAAGAAGGCCUAUAGAAAGGCUGCAAUGAAGAAUCAUCCAGAUAAAGGUGGAGAUCCAGAGAAGUUCAAGGAGCUAGGUCAAGCUUAUGAAGUUUUAAGUGAUCCGGAAAAGAGAGAACUGUAUGAUCAAUAUGGUGAAGAUGCCCUUAAGGAAGGAAUGGGAGGAGGAGGAAGCUCAUUCCAUAACCCAUUUGAUAUUUUUGAAUCAUUUUUUGGUGGAGCUAGCUUUGGUGGUGGUAGCUCACGAGGUAGAAGACAAAAGCAUGGUGAAGAUGUUGUGCAUUCUCUAAAGGUUUCCUUGGAGGAUGUUUAUAAUGGCACAACAAAGAAACUAUCUCUUUCUAGAAAUGUAUUGUGCCCGAAAUGUAAAGGGAAGGGUUCCAAAAGUGGAAAUGCUGGUAGGUGUUAUGGAUGCCAAGGCACGGGUAUGAAGAUUACAACAAGGCAGAUUGGACUGGGCAUGAUUCAACAAAUGCAACACAUCUGUCCUGAAUGCAGAGGAAGUGGCGAGGUCAUUAGCGAGAGAGAUAGAUGCACUCAGUGCAAGGGAAACAAGGUCUCCCAAGAAAAGAAGGUGCUUGAGGUGCAUGUUGAGAAGGGGAUGCAACAGGGCCAGAAGAUUGUGUUUGAAGGUCAAGCUGAUGAAGCGCCUGACACAAUCACAGGAGACAUUGUUUUUGUCUUACAAGUGAAGGAGCACCCACGAUUCAAACGAGAGCAUGAUGACCUCUAUAUUGAGCACAGUCUCAACUUGACCGAGGCUCUUUGUGGCUUCCAGUUUGCUGUCGCCCAUCUUGAUGGGAGACAACUAUUGAUCAAAUCAAACCCUGGAGAAGUCAUCAAACCAGGCCAACAAAAAGCCAUAAAUGAUGAGGGAAUGCCACAACAUAAUAGGCCCUUCAUGAAGGGUCGUCUUUACAUCAAGUUCAAUGUGGAUUUUCCAGACUCGGGGUUCCUUUCCCCUGACCAAUGCCGAUUAUUAGAGACGAUAUUACCUCAGAAAUCCAGCAAGCAGUUGACAGAUAUGGAGCUGGAUGAGUGUGAGGAGACCACAUUACAUGAUGUCAACAUGAAGGAUGAGAUGAGAAGAAAGCAGCAACAGCACUACCACGAGGCAUAUGAUGAUGAUGAUGAUGAGCAAUCCAUGCCUCGAGUGCAAUGUGCUCAACAGUAGUGCAGUUCAUGCUAUUGCCGAUUUUUCAUCUUGCAUGGUUACUUUCUGUUUUCAUAAUGCAGUUAUUGCUGCGUCCCAGUUUUUACCCGUAGGCUCCGCUUGGUGUUAUUUAAUUCACAACAGCUCAUAGAAGAUUGCCACUGUUUAUUUAGAUUUUGUUUGUAAUAUUUAGUAUAUCAAAAUUUAAACAUCCCUUCGUGUUAUUGUGCAA